AUGGAGACACAUAUAAAGAUAGCUUCCUCUAUACUGUUUUUAUUGUGUCUCCAAUAUGCUCAAGGAUAUAAAUCUGCGACGCCUUUAAUAAAAAACGUAGUUCGCGGCGGAAUCCACUUCGAAGGUCCCCAUUGGGCUGAUAACGAAAAUGCCUUAUAUUGGAGUGAUAUAGUUGACCAGAGAGUUUAUAGACUAGACGUCGAUUCUGGUAACGUAACAUCGAGGAGAAUAGAAUAUGGCCCAGUCUCAUUAGUGGUAACAGUAAAGGACUAUCCUAAGUUAUUGGUAAUUUCAUCUCGCGCUGAACUCUACUUGUUAUCCUGGGAUGCGCAAGAGGGUGAUAGCGCUUUGAGAUUAUUGACAGCGGUCGAUCUAGGAAAGCCCGAUAACCGAAUAAACGAUGGAAAAGUGGACACUAAAGGACGGCUGUGGUUUGGAACCAUUGGCAAAGAAGACGAGAGAGGGGUGGAAAAGGACCAGGCCUCCCUUUAUAUGAUGACGAAGGACAAUUUCAUUAACCCUGAAGAGAAAUUAGUUCCAGUAUCAAUAUCCAACGGCAUAGCUUGGACGUCUGACAAUCUAUUCAUGUUUUAUAUAGAUUCUGUUCUGCGAAGUGUUCAAGCAUUUGAUUAUGACAUAGACACGGGUGCUAUUCGUAAUAGAAGGACUCUAUUCAGUUUCCAAGCAAACAAUUUGACUGGAGUUCCCGAUGGUAUGACAAUUGACACAGAUGGAAACCUAUGGGUUGCAUGCUAUGAUGGAGGAAAGGUAAUCAAAAUAGAUUCAAGAGCAGGGAAGCUACUUGAGCAACACAAAAUGCCAGCAACAAAAGUUACAUCUGUGGCUUGGGGCGGACACAACUUUGCCACUUUAUAUGUUACAACGAGUAAAAGAGGGCUCAAUUUAGUUCAGUUAGCACAAGAACCUGAAGCCGGAUCACUGUUCGCCAUAGAAAAUACUGGUGCUAAGGGCUACCCUAGUAAUAGUUUUUUAUUUCCAAAUGCAGAUGUCUAUUAA